GCUAAAACAAACUACAUAUACUCCGUGACCCCUCCCCCGACUAGACUCCUCUAUCUAAUUAUUGCUUUUCGUAUAUUCACAAAAUCACCAGUUAGCAGCAAAAUGGAUUCUAUUCUAUAUGCAAAUGAAGUCGGCGAAGGACUUCCAGUUUUGAUCAUUCAUGGAUGGCAGAUGCAGGGAAAGGUCGAGGAGCUAGACUUUGAGCCAAUUUUCAGCAAAACGCCAGGACUUCGCCGCAUAUACGUGGACCUCCCAGGAAUGGGCAAAACACCUGCGAAUAAUGUCAAAGAUCAGGACGAAGUUUACCUUCGCCUGGUGCAAUUCAUUGACUCUCGACUUGGAAAGUCAAGAUUUCUGGUCAUCGGCUCAUCAUGCGGUGGUUACCUCGCACGCGCGAUAGCUCACAAAUACACUGAGCAAGUCGAUGGGUUACUGCUACGCGUACCACUUAUUGACCCAGAUGACAGCAAGCGCGAUCUCGAUGCUUUCAUACCUUUAGUUGCAAAUGAGCAGCUUAUGGCGACCAUAUCAGCCGAAGAUAAAUCACUUCUUGGAGAUGUUCUCAUCCAAACGCCUGCCUACGUUGCAAGUUUAAAGGCUAAAUUUGAGAAUGUCUGGGUUCCAGCAGAAAAGGCAUCAGACAACAAAGUGUUGGAUCCAAUCCGAACAGAUCCAAAUCGAUAUCAGCUAUCCUUUUCGUUGGACAAUGAAGGUGCCAAGUUCUUUGCCCCCACACUUGUUGUAUGUGGUCGACAAGACACCGUUGUGGGCUACCGAGACAGCCUUCGUUUGCUGGAGCUCUACCCACGAUCAACUUUCGCUGUUCUAGAUCGUGGUACGCAUGGGCUUCCGAUCGAUGAGACUGGUGUUUUCGAAGCUCUUGUUCGUGAUUGGAUAACCCGAGUUGAUGAAUGGAGAGGUCGUACGGACAGAUGAGAGAAAUCGCCCAUGUCAAUUCUCUUACAGCAACUCUUACAUCAACAGCAAUCGCAAGUAACUGAGUCGGUCAAGACCUAAGGUUAUAAUCUUGAGGAAUAGUUAUAAAUUGGUGAGCAUUGCCAAAGCACUUAUUUGGAUUGUUUAGUUCCCUAUCUAUGCAUAGAUAUAGAAUAAGAUCCUGUGGGGAGUAGGGGCUUCUAGUGGUACUUCUAAAGGGAGAAUGUUAACAAUAGGCUACUUGAAGCAGCGUUUGUCUCUCAUGAAAGAAUAAUAGUAUCUUAGGACUUCACAUACCCUCAACCUUCGCUUAUACGGUCACUGAACUUCAUUUAAGCUUCUCCAUGUACAGAAUCUGUCCCCAAACCUUAUUGCAGGAUAGUAAUAUAUAUAUCUAUC